CUAGACUACGUGGAUCAAGUACUGGGAGCAUGUGUCAAGAAACUUUCUGGUAAAGCAAAGCUUGAGGAUAGUAAAGCGACAAAACAAGUUGUUGCUCUCCUGAGUGCACCGUUGGAGAAAUACACUGACAUUGUGACAGUUCUAACUCUUUCAAAUUAUCCACGUGUCAUGGAUCACCUUGAUGCUGAAACAAAUAAGAUCAUGGCGAAGAUAAUCAUUGAGAGCAUCAUGAAGAAUGACACCUGUGUAUCAACUGCUGACAAGGUUGAGGUUUUGUUUGAAUUGAUAAAAGGGCUCAUCAAGGACUUGGAUGAAACUGCUACCGAUGAGCUCGAUGAGGAGGAUUUCAAGGAGGAACAGAAUUCUGUUGCUCGUCUUAUACACAUGCUAUAUAAUGAUGAACCUGAGGAAAUGUUAAAGAUAAUAUGCACUGUUAGGAAGCAUAUAAUGGCUGGAGGUCCAAAGCGCCUAACUUUUACAGUUCCUCCUCUAGUCUUUUCUGCACUGAAGUUGGUUAGGAGACUGCAAGGUCAGGAUGGAGAUAUGGCUGGAGAAGAGGUUCCAGCUACACCAAAGAAAAUUUUUCAGUUAAUGAAUGAGACUAUCGAGGCUCUUUCAUCAGUUCCAUCGUCAGAACUGGCAUUGAGGUUGUACUUGCAGUGUGCAGAGGCUGCCAAUGAUUGUGAUCUUGAACCGAUUGCAUAUGAAUUUUUUACACAAGCUUUUGUACUAUAUGAAGAAGAAGUUGCGGAUUCAAAAGCGCAAGUGACUGCAAUACACUUGAUAAUUGGAACUCUUCAGAAGAUGACUGUGUUUGGUGUUGAGAACAGGGAUACCUUAACUCAUAAGGCCACGGGGUAUUCAGCAAAACUUCUAAAGAAACAUGAUCAAUGUAGAGCAGUUUACGCUUGUUCACAUCUCUUUUGGGUUGAUGAUCAAGAUGGUAUUAAAGAUGGAGAAAGGGUCUUGCUUUGCCUAAAGCGUUCGUUGCGGAUUGCUAAUGCAGCACAGCAACAGGCAAAUGUUACAAGGGGUAGCAGUGGACCUGUCACACUUUUUGUUGAAAUACUUAACAAGUACCUCUAUUUUUUUGAGAAGGGGAACCCUCAAAUAACACCUGGUGCAAUUCAGAGCCUUAUAGAGUUGAUUAAAACUGAGAUGCAGAGUGACGCCACGACCCCAGAUUCUGCUUCCGACGCUUUCUUCACCAGCACAUUGCGUUAUGUUCAGUUUCAGAGACAAAAAGGAGGGCUAAUGGGAGAGAAAUAUAAUCCAAUUAAGGUGUGAUACUUUCACUUUCUUGUGGCAUGUCAGAUUUGUUGUGCUAAACACAGUACCUAAGCUCUAAAGGUGGAGGAUUUAGUGGUAUCUGAACUACCAAAAUGAGCGUCUCUGCAGUGCUGCUGACCAUCAAUUAUUCUAUCAGCAAUAAAUACAACAAUUUCCUACAAUCUUACUACUAGACGGUUCAAUGUAAAAUUCUCCUUUUGCAGUCAGCUAUUCUUUACCCUACAGGAGGUUGCCUGAUUUCUUUAGGUUGGUGCAUGGAAGGAGAUCUCAGUCGUUUGGAGUGUAUAUUAGGACUUCCUUUUGAUUUAAACUUAUUGUACAGGGUUGUCUCUAAAUGAAUAAAGAGGUAUUUUCUGCACUUAAAAUGGAUGCUAUUGCUUUGAUAUGGUAUUAACUUUUUGGGUGGAACCAGGCUGUGAAAUAGUAAUAAAGGUUUUACUAUUUGUAGGAA